AUGGUAGAGGAUUAUCAAACAGCUAAUAAUGUUGUGGAAUCAGACUUAACUAAUAUGUUGUUGAAGGACUUGAAUGAACUCUUAAACCUGCACAGUAAAAAGAUUGAAGAUUAUGAUCUCCCAUCUUUACCCCCUGAUACAAUAGACAGAGGUGCAGUUCCAAGUAUCAUACAAGAGGAGUUAGCGAUCGAUAUCCCCAAUGAAGAUAUUGAAUAUAUUUCUAAGUUAAAUAAUGAUCAAAUGAUUGCAUUCAACACCAUUAUGAAUGUAAUUGUUCAAAAACACAGUGGGGUAUUUUUUGUUGAUGGUCCAGGAGGAACAGGUAAAACAUUCCUUUAUCGAACAUUAAUGGCAAGUUUAAGAAGUAGAGGAGAAAUUGUCUUAGCAACUGCAUCAUCUGGUAUAGCUGCAACAUUGUUACCCGGUGGUAGGACUACACACUCUCGAUUUAAGAUACCUAUUGAUAUUCAACCGAGUUCCAUUUGUGGUAUUCAAAAGCAAAAGGAUCUUGCAAAUCUCAUUAGAGUUGUUGUCGCAAUAAUUUGGGAUGAAGCACCAAUGACAAACAAAAAUUGUUUGGAAGCCUUAGAUCGAUCAUUACAAGACAUUUGUAGCAACAAUGCUCCAUUUGGUGGAAAAUCUCAUUUAUGGAAUCAUACCAAGAUUUUGCAUUUGCGUCAAAAUAUGCGAUCAUUGCAUGAUCAAGAGUUUGCAGAAUUUCUUAUUCGCAUUGGUGAUGAUGUUAAACCUACCAAACCAGAUGACAUGGUGAGGUUAUCUUUACAUAUUGCAAUCCCAUGGGAAGGUGAACAUUCCAUACAAGUACUUAUCCAAUAUAUUUUUCCUAAUUUAGAAUUGCAUGGUUGGGAUGCCCCAUAUAUGGUACAAAGAGCUAUUUUGACACCAACAAAUGAUGAUGUCCAAAAAUUGAAUGAUAUGAUUAUCGAUCAAUUUCCAGGAGAAGAACAUAAUUUAUUAUCGUUUGACGAGGUUGAAGGAGAUAAUCAUAAUUUAUACCAGCAAGAAUUCUUAAACUCAAUUGCACAAGGUAAUUUGCCACCAUAUAUUCUAAAGAUAAAAAAGGGUGCACCAUUGAUGUUGUUACGAAAUCUAGAUCCUAGAUAUGGAUUGUGUAAUGGGACCCGGUUAUUAUGUCGUGGUUUAUAUAUGAAUAUGUUGGAUGUGGAAAUCCUGACAGGAAGCAACGCAGGAAAACGUGCUUUUUUGCCUAGAAUUAAAAUAAAAACAUCUGCAAGUGAUGGUCUGCCUUUUGUCCUUAGUAGAAAGCAAUUUCCUAUGCGACUAACUUUUGCAAUUACAAUAAAUAAAUCACAAGGACAAACCAUUCCAAAUGUUGGAAUAUAUCUUCCACGACAUGUUUUUAGUCAUGGACAGUUAUAUGUGGCUUUAUCCAGGGGUAUUUCACAGACUACAACAAGAGUUUUAACCAGGGAAGGAAAAUUGAAAGGAGAAGAUGGUGACUACAUAAAAAAUGUAGUCUACAAACAAAUUCUUUUAUCGCACCCGCAGAAUCCAGAGCGCAUUGAUAAAGGGAUGUACGAAGAAUUGAUUCGAAUCUUUAUAAGGGAAAAAGAAAAUACUUCGAAUAGAGAUUUCAUGUUCGGCAUUCCUCUUAAAGAACGUCAUUGA